ACUUGAUACACUACUCCGUGACGGCUUGCAUGUCCAAAAGAAGAAACUGCUUUUUUUUUUUUUCUUUUCCAAAACUCUAUUACUGCAAAAACCAUGUCUUCUAUUGUAUCAGUCAGAGAUCCCAACGACACCUGUCAAGAGAUUGUUUCCCGUAUCUAUUUGGGAAGCUGUGAUGCUUUUAACAAGGAGUUUAUUACCCAAAAAAAGAUCACUCACGUUCUCUCCAUUGGUGACUUUAACAAUGAGUUGGAUCUUAAUGUUGAAUAUAAGAAUAUUAACGUUAUGGAUGUGGACAACGAGAAUCUUAUUCAAUAUUUUGAUGAAACCAACGACUUUAUCCAACAAACCUACAAGGCCGGUGGCAAGAUUCUUAUCUACUGUCAAGCCGGUGUAUCUCGUAGUGCUACCGUAUUAGCAGCCUGUUUGAUGAAAUCCAAAAAGAUCAAGCGUGAUGAAGCCCUUGAAAUCAUUAAGCGCAAGCGUGCCUGUAUUGCACCCAACGACGGUUUCAUGGAGCAGUUGAACCUUUAUUAUGACCUUAACUUUGACGUUGAUAUGGCUCAUAUGGAAUAUAGACGUUUCUUGGUUGCUACUAUGGCUGAGGAUCAAAAGACUUAUGGUUAUAUUGAAAAUAUUACUCUUGCUGCCGAUCCUGAAUAUACACCAUUGACAGAAGCCAGUACCGAAAAGAGCUUUAAAGCUUUAAGAUGCAGAAAAUGUAGACGUAUGUUGGUUGGUUCUGAAAAUGUGAUUGAUCACGAAUCGGGAGAAGGACAAAUGUCAUUCUCGUACCACAAGCGUAACUCAGAUAUCAACAUGACUACCAAUGCCAGUACUCAAGAAGGAUCUGAUGUCAGCAACCAAUUAGCAACAUUAAAUGCCUCUUUAAAUCCCUUAUUGGCCGCCUUGGCAUCUAAAAACAACACUUGUUCUUCCUAUUUCAUUGAACCUAUGCAAUGGCUCGAUGGCUUAAUUGAUGGUGUACAAGGUCGUAUUGAUUGCCCCAAAUGUCAAUGUAAGUUGGGUUCUUAUAACUGGUCUGGUGAUCAAUGUUCUUGUGGUCGUUGGAUCACACCCACAUUCAUGGUGCAUCGUAAUAAGGUCGAUGAAGUGAAAAAUAUCGCACCACGUAAAUAAGUCAAGAUAUAAUCCCCCCCCCCCCUUUUUUUUUUCUUUAGACGGUUAUCUUGUCAAAAACCCAAAUUCAUAGAUAUCCAAGUUGUAUAAAUUCGAAACUGCUCAAUAUUAAAGAUU